ACUUAUGAAGGAUUUCGUGAUAAGUCUAACUGACUUGGUCGCCUUGGCAGUAUUGAAAAGGGAGUAUGCGUAAAGAUUCUAAAUGCGUGGCUGUAUCCAUCUGUUCCUGCGUUGGCUUGCUUCGGAUAUUGCCUGCGUGCUUGCGUGCUUACUGACUGCCGUCGCUGCGAACCGGAUUAGCCAUGAGCCACCCCCUGCAGUAGCACGGCACGAGCGACGAAGGAGCAUUAGAACGCAACCUGAAGCAUCUAUUUAUGGAUCAACAAUAAUUACUAACCAACCAACUCAAUUAACCGCCGCGACUAUGCCACUGACAGGUUGCAGCAGACAAACAAGCAAGCAAGCAGCAUUGCAUCGCAUUUUAGAAAUUCCCUUGAAUUUGGAUGAGCCUCAAUUCAUCAUCGGCUGUCAUCACCACCAUCAUCAGCAUCGUCAUCACUAUCAUCCUUCUGGCCCCCGACCCUAACCCCAACCCAGUUUACCGUUGAACCAAUUCAGCAAAAAAGCGAAACCGUAAUCUUAAACAUUCCUCCACUCUCACAACUUCGGCCGGAGGCGACAUUUCUCUCUGUAAGCGGCCUACAUCUCCAUCAGUUAUUAUUCUAAACCCGCCCCCUCCCCAUCUGGGAAA